ACGGCAGUUGCAAGUAGUUCAUCGUAUCAAUUAUAUCUGAAUUAUUUCUCUUGUUGUAUUUGGAAAGUUAUAUUGCAUGCACUUAUUUUUGCAUAAGUCAUUGUGUGCUCAGAUGCUUUACAUUCUUAUGGCAUGUUAUGCAAUCGAUGUAGAACUUUGAGGAAAUUAACUAGUUAACACUUCAUAUCAGGUUUGCUCAUUGAAAAAGAAAAAGACAUUUCUCAGAAUAUAAACUUUAAGUCUUGAUGAGGGUUGUCUUCGAUGCCAUUAACCUUCUCUUUGGAUACCCUGCAGCUUUAGAAGAAAGCAGAUUUGAAAUUUCAGGAGCAGUCUUCCGAUUUAGCGAUACAUUCCUGCAAAGCCUUGCUCUGAAUUAAUUCACAUUUGUUCGGAAGUGCCUAUCUGCAGAUAGCCCUUUCUCAGUUCGUUUGCUAGCUAUAUAACUAGACAAAAGUCUUCACAAGUCCAGAAAACAGGAAAUGCAUUCAUGUCGUUUGUAUACAACGGAAGUCAAGCCAAGUCAUAAACAGUAGGAAGCGCACAGAUCGGGCGAAACGUAGUGUUACGGUUAAAAGUUGUUCGAGCUAAUGUUAUUAGCGGAGGUUCUUGAGAAAACAACUGCUGGGCAUGAAUCAGAAGCAUCGUCACAUCUCCCAAACGCCUCAUGAAACUUAAUAGCGGUGUAAAGAUGCGGCGGACUAAGCGGAUGCGCUCGCCAGAUGGAUGGAUUGCGGAGUAUGGCUGGGAAGAGAGCAUUGAGGAUUGGAAGCGACCAAAGAGGAGCUCCCGGAGCUGUGAAAGAGAAAGGAGGCCCGGACGGUACCACCACUUCAAAACCUACGAAAGGCGGCAUAGAAGCAUCAGGAAACUGGCGUGUGUGGAGCGCAGGGCACGGGAGCCCAGUCUGGAGCCGCGGGGGUACGAGGGGCGGCCCAUCACCCGUGCCGCCCCUGCCAGGGAGAGGACCGGCCACUGGCACCACUACAGCAAGUCGUCAGCACACAGCGGCCGGAGCCAGCGCAGCAGCAGAGAGCGCCCACGCUUGCCCUGCCGCAGCCACCGCUCACAAUCGAAAAGUCAUCGCAGGAAAAGAAGCAGGAGUUUUGAGGAUGAUGAGGAGGGUCACCUGAUCUAUCACAAUGGACACAUGCUAAGAGCAAGAUAUGAGAUUGUAAGCACACUAGGAGAAGGAGCCUUCGGAAAAGUAGUGGAGUGCAUUGACCACUCAAAAGAUGGUGUGAAGGUGGCCCUGAAGAUCAUUAAAAAUCUGGAUCGCUAUCGAGAGGCAGCUUUGUCAGAAGUGGAGGUUCUGGAACAGAUGAACUCCUUGGACUCUGAGAAGAAAUUUGGCUGUGUGCAAAUGCUGGACUGGUUCGACCACCACGGUCACAUUUGCAUCGUCUUUGAGUUGCUGGGUUUGAGCACAUACGACUUCUUGAAGGAGAACGGAUUUAUGCCCUUCACCGUGGACCAGAUCAGACACAUGGCAGAUCAGAUCUUCAGAGCUGUACACUUCCUUCAUCAGAAUAAGCUGACGCACACUGACUUGAAACCUGAAAACAUUCUGUUUGUGGACACGCACUGUGCCAUAAAAUACAACUCCAAGUUGAAACGAGACGAGAGGACAUUGAAGAGCCUUGAUGUGAAAGUGGUAGAUUUUGGGAAUGCCACAUAUGACCAUGAGCACCACACUUCGGUAGUGUCAACACGCCACUAUCGAGCACCUGAAGUCAUCUUAGAGCUGGGCUGGAACCAGGCGUGUGAUGUUUGGAGUCUGGGCUGCAUUCUGAUUGAGUAUUAUCUGGGAUUGACAUUGUUUCAGACUCAUGAUAGCAAGGAGCAUCUGGCCAUGAUGGAGAGGGUUCUGGGCCCAAUACCUGUCCACAUGCUUCAGAAAACAAGGAAGCAGUGCUUUGUUCACCGUGACAGGUUGGACUGGGAUGAACACAGCUCAUCUGGGAGAUAUGUGAGGAAGCACUGCAAACCCCUCAGGCAAUACAUGUCUUCCAAGAGCUCAGACCAUGAGAAGCUGUUUGACCUGAUCCAGAAGAUGAUGCAGUAUGAUGUGUCCAAACGCAUUACCUUGGCGGAGGCCAUGAAACACCCAUUUUUCACACCUCUUAUGAAAGGGCACAAAGAGUGACCCAUUAGUCACCUGCUGUACCUCAGCUCCCACGGAGACUUUUGCUGACUGUAUCAGUCUGCUUUAAAGGGGCAAUAAGUGGGAAAUAAAAUUUGAACUUUAUCAAAUACAGCUAGUGUUAAGAGCUCUGCAUCAUGGCACAGACACCUUUGCAGUCACCAAACUAGUUGGAUGUGGCAGCGACAUGCUUAGGUCUUGGGAAUUACCAGGAAUGAGCCAGUUUUGCACCGGUGCAGUCAUAUACUGGCUACUUUGUGCAAAUAUUAGCUACUUAUUGCUCCUUCAGGACUGCAUGAUUACUGUCCAUAUUUAUUGAUCAAAUGUACAAACCUUGUUCUUUGUAUAUUAAAUGCUAGUAUAUUUUCAGUGA